AUGCUCCUCCGCUCUCUCUGGCUCUACGCCUUUACCGCGGCCACAGUUGUCGCCGCCCCCGUCCCUACAAACAAGUAUAAGCGCGAUUUAGCUACGAUUCAAGCCGCCCUGAACACCAUCAACUCGGCGCUUCAAGGUCUCGACAACUCCGUCAAAGCUACGCAGACAGUGACUCUCGGCGGUGGAAUUCAACUUCUCAACGCCGUCACGAAUGUCAAGAGCUCAAUCGAGGACGCGACCCCGCAGGUUCAAGCUUCGGAAGUCCUCAACCGGAAGGAUGCCCUGAACCUUAAGGCCGCCACCGACGCCCUCACCAACAACGUCAAGGUCACGAUCAACGACGUCGUGGCCAAGAAGUCUCUCGUCGACUCCCUCGGCGCAACGCCACUGGUUGCCAUUGCGCUACAGGAUCAAAAGUCGGCUAGUGUCGCCCUCGCGCAGGCCCUCGUCAGCAAGGUCCCUCCCGAAUUGAGCGCAGACGCGCAGAAGAGCGCCGGGGCACUCAGCUCUGUCCUGGACCAAGGCAUCGCCGUCUUUGGUGGCACAUCUGUCGCCGCACCAGUUCCUCCUGGUGCCGCCGGUGCCAGCUCUACUGUUUGUCAAGCCGUAAUCCCUCCCUCGUCCGCGACCGAAGCUGAUACUACUACUACCCAGGACUCUGGAGCUGGAGGCGGCGGAGGCCUUUUGGGCGGGCUGAUGAGCAUGUUUCCACCGCCAUUUAAGAAACACUAA